GCGAGGCGACUUUUUUGUGUUUUCCCAAUAGUGUGACGAACAGUGCACACGAUUCAACGUCAGUUCUUGAUCGAGGCUUUCAAUCGAUUACUCCCCAAAAUUCAACGACCAAAUUCUUUCUUUAUUUUUUUUAAAUAUUCAUUUCCCCAAUUUCAUUCUGCCGCAUCAAGUGCAGAAGAAAAUAAUCAUCGAUCAGUGGAACUCUGAACAAGAACUCUGACGACAAAAAGAAGUAAAAGAUAUGGAAACUCUUCAGACUGAGAAUCAGCUCAUUGGAGAGCUGAAAGCACCAGCUACCACAAAAAAGCCCACCAACAGACCCGCCAUGCAAAUUUACCGUCCACCUGGACUUCGAUCCGACGGUUCGUCCUCAACAACGGCCGUCACGACAACAUCGUCAACGAAACCGAAGCCGGCAGCCGGUCAAAAGCUGUCCUCCAGCGAAUGUGACACAAAUGUCAAUUCACAGAUUUUGAAAGAAGAAAAUAAUAAUAAGAAAGAUUGCGGCGAGUCGACGAGUUCACGUGCCAGCUCGCGCGCUUCCAACCAUGUCUCGUCUGAUGAUCGGCACUCGAACGGAAGUUUGAAACGAACUGAAAGUUCAUUAAGUUCCGAAUCGACCCCCUCGUCACAGAAAUCAUACGGCUCUAACUCGAAUAAGCUGAAUGGCCAACACGUUAGCGGAGGCGCCCAUCAGCAGUACAACAAGAGGAUCAACAGCUCGAAGAAGGAAAAUCAGAAGAAGAAAGUGAUGAGCGAACAUGAAAUUGAAAAGGCUAUCACUGAGUUGAGAGCCCUUCAACUACAUUCGCAUUCAAUUCAAAUUGAGCAAUGGAUCGGUGGAGCAUUUUGUGAUGAAGAACUUGCCGAAUGUAUUGGAUCCGCUUUAUGCCGUCAUGCAAUUGAAGGAGGUGGAGGUAGUGGAGUCGGAAAAUUGUGUGCUAACUUUAAGUAUGCACCAUCCAUUGGUUCCUUUGUCAAGGGACUAAUCAUCGCCCUCUCCCAAUACUUGGAAUGCAGGCAUAAGAUUCGCGAAGAUCAUUUCCGAAUGUGGAUUUCAUUUAUUCAAUUCCUCACGGAACUCUAUUCAAAUUUGGGUUCUGAUUCAAAAGGAGAACUUGCCACAAUUGUGUUUGAUGUCUUCAAUUAUCUUCUCCGUCCACCAAUUCUAGAACAUGUCAAGAUUCAAGAAUUGGAAUGUCUCAUUUCUAUUCUUAUUAAGGGUGGAUACGAUUUGGAGAGAGAAUGUCCCGAUCGGUUGGCACUGCUAAAAGAUCUGAUCAGGGAUGCAUUCAUUGACGUCUCCGAACCAUGGGCCCGUAAAAUGAUUCUCCUUCUCUUGGAACUCGGUGCAUCUGGAUGGAAACUUCCUACAGAUGCCAAUGAAUAUUAUUUCAAUGAAACUUCAAAUUAAGCUCUCUCUUUCAUUUUUUUUUCUCUUUCUUUUGUAUUUGUAUAUAUUUAUUCUCUAGUUGAACCUAGUAAUUUCAAAAAUUAACAAAACACCUCUAAAACAUAUUUCUGUCUAACCUUUUGUUCUCUACCGGUUCUCAUCAUUUUUUGUUACCUUCUUUCUGUUUUAAAGCAUAGUUAGCGUUAUUUUUUCAAAAUGCUCUUCUCUUCUACAUCUUUCCUACGUUCAAUUCACUUUUUGGGCUUUUUAUUCUCCUUUUUAAACCUCACGUGACAUUAUUUUGCUCUUUUUUUAAUUUUAAUUAUUUUCAUUUAUACUUUAUCAUGUGCAACUAAAUAAGAAAUUUAUCAAAAUGUGUAUCGUGAGAAGACAAAUGUUGAAAACUAAGCACAAUCGUAGAGAAAGACCGCUCCCAGUUCAAAACGACACUGAAAAGAAGAUAUGUUUAUCACCUCCCGGCCAAUCACUAAUGGAUGAAGAUGAUACAAUCAGAAAGCCUAGUGAUAAGUCUGAAAUAACAACAAAAUGAACUGAGUAUCUCAAUGAUCAAAAUAAAUACAUUUAAAUAAGAAUUUUGACGAAAAUAAAAGUGACGAUUCCUU